UUGAAUCAUUCUGCUACUGCUGUAUACUUGAACCAGUGAUGUGAAUUUCUACUAUAUCAUGCCCUCUGGCAUUUAUAAGGCAUCUGUCUGACGGCUCCCUUUGUACCUUGUUACUGGAGCAGUGCAGCGGAAGGUUUGGAACAUUUAUAGGGUUGUUUUGAAAGGGGAUCGAAUGAGCCGUGUGUGUAUUGUGGUCUUAGAGGAGGUGGAAGAGGAUCCCUCCACUUCUGUUUCGAAAGUUCCUCUGGACAGUUUUCUACCUGCAUCACAUUUACGUACUCGGGAUGUAAAGCCACCACUGGUGCAAGCUAUAUUUAAUGUGGAUCCUGAUGAAGUUCGAUCCCUUAUAUUCAAGAAAGAAGAUGUAAAUGUACAGGAUAAUGAAAAGAGAACCCCCCUACAUGCCGCAGCCUAUCUAGGAGAUGCAGAAAUUAUUGAACUCCUUAUUUUGUCAGGCGCUAGAGUUAAUGCCAAAGACAGCAAAUGGUUGACUCCUCUACACAGGGCAGUUGCUUCUUGCAGUGAGGAUGCGGUUCAGGUGUUGCUGAAACACUCGGCUGAUGUCAAUGCCCGUGAUAAGAACUGGCAAACCCCUUUGCACAUAGCUGCUGCAAACAAAGCUGUGAAGUGUGCAGAGGCUUUGGUGCCUCUUCUCAGCAAUGUCAAUGUCUCAGACCGAGCAGGGAGGACUGCGUUACACCAUGCUGCCUUCAGUGGUCAUGUGGAGAUGGUGAAGUUGCUACUGUCGAGAGGUGCCAACAUUAAUGCCUUUGACAAGAAAGACCGUCGUGCUCUUCAUUGGGCAGCUUAUAUGGGCCACAUUGAAGUUGUUAAGCUCCUUGUGUCUCAUGGAGCUGAAGUGACCUGCAAAGACAAGAAAGCCUACACACCGCUUCACGCUGCAGCCUCCAGUGGGAUGAUUAGUGUUGUCAAAUAUCUUUUGGACCUUGGUGUUGAUAUUAAUGAACCAAAUGCCUAUGGAAACACGCCACUUCACGUGGCAUGCUACAACGGCCAGGAUGUGGUAGUGAAUGAACUUAUUGAAUGCGGGGCUAAUGUCAACCAAGUGAAUGAAAAAGGUUUUGCUCCUUUGCACUUUGCUGCAGCAUCUAGACAUGGAGCACUGUGCUUAGAACUUAUCGUCUGCAAUGGUGCAGAUGUUAAUAUCAAGAGUAAGGAUGGGAAAACACCAUUACACAUGACAGCAAUUCAUGGCAGAUUCUCCAGGUCACAGACCAUUAUUCAGAAUGGAGCGGAGAUUGACUGUGAAGAUAAGAAUGGCAAUACUCCUUUGCACAUAGCAGCUCGAUAUGGCCACGAGCUCCUUAUAAACACUCUAAUCGCCAGCGGAGCUGACACUGCGAAGCGGGGUAUCCACGGAAUGUUUCCGCUACAUCUAGCAGCACUUAGCGGCUUUUCAGACUGCUGUAGGAAGCUUCUUUCCUCUGGAUUUGACAUCGACACCCCAGACGAUUUUGGGAGAACCUGUUUACAUGCCGCUGCCGCUGGAGGGAACUUGGAAUGUUUGAAUCUUUUGCUCAACACUGGGGCAGACUUCAACAAAAAGGACAAGUUCGGAAGGACUCCUCUACAUUAUGCUGCUGCCAACUGCAACUACCAGUGCCUGUUUGCCCUUGUGGGAUCUGGAGCCAGUGUUAACGACCUUGAUGAGAGAGGCUGCACACCACUGCAUUAUGCAGCUGCAUCAGACACGGAUGGAAAAUGCCUGGAGUAUUUACUCCGGAAUGAUGCAAAUCCAGGGAUUCGAGAUAAGCAGGGUUAUAAUGCUGUGCAUUAUGCAGCUGCUUCUGGCCAUCGGUUGUGUCUUGAGCUGAUUGCAAGUGAAACGCCUCUAGAUGUGUUAAUGGAAACUUCAGGUGCAGACAUGUUGAAUGACUCGGAUACCAGAGCACCAAUUAGUCCUUUGCACUUAGCUGCCUACCAUGGUCAUCACCAAGCCUUGGAGGUGCUUGUCCAGUCCUUGCUGGAUCUGGAUGUCAGAAACAGCAAUGGGCGGACACCCCUGGACCUUGCUGCUUUCAAGGGACACGUGGAGUGUGUGGAUGUGCUGAUUAAUCAGGGAGCCUCCAUCCUAGUAAAAGACUAUGCCUUGAAGAGGACACCUAUUCAUGCUGCAGCUACGAAUGGCCAUUCAGAAUGCUUGCGGCUGCUAAUAGGCAAUGCAGACCUUCAGACUGCUGUUGACAUUCAAGAUGGAAAUGGACAAACACCCUUGAUGUUGUCGGUUCUAAAUGGCCAUACAGAUUGUGUUUAUUCACUCCUUAACAAGGGAGCAAAUGUGGAUGCCAAAGACAAGUGGGGGAGGACAGCACUGCACAGAGGGGCUGUGACUGGUCAUGAAGAAAGCGUGGAGGCUCUGCUGCAGCACAGUGCUGGCUUCCUAACCCGGGACUGCAAGGGCAGAACCCCUGUGCACUUAGCAGCUGCCUGUGGCCACAUCGGCGUGCUGGGCGGACUGCUGCAAGCUGCACAAUCCAUGGAGAUCCUUCCCAUUGUAACAGAUAAUCGUGGCUACACACCACUGCACUGGGCCUGUUACAAUGGGCAUGACACCUGUGUAGAACUUCUCCUGGAACAGGAGGUUUUCCAGAAGAUGGAUGGCAAUUCUUUCAGCCCAUUGCACUGUGCUGUGAUAAAUGACAAUGAAGGCGCAGCUGAAAUGCUAAUAGAUGCACUGGGUGCUAAAAUUGUCAACUGUACAGAUUCUAAAAUAAGGACUCCUCUUCAUGCUGCAGCCUAUACAGACCAUGUUGAAUGUUUGCAGCUGUUGCUCAGUCACCACGCUCAAGUAAAUGCAGUUGAUUCAUCUGGAAAAACUCCAUUAAUGAUGGCAGCCGAAAAUGGGCAGACCAAUGCCGUUGAAGUUUUGGUGAGCAGCGCAAAGGCAGACCUUAACUUGCAAGAUGCUAACAAAAACACAGCUCUUCACUUGGCUUGUAGCAAGGGCCAUGAAACCAGUGCCUUGUUAAUAUUAGAGAAGAUACUCGAUCGGAACCUCAUCAACUCAACCAACACAGCUUUGCAAACGCCCUUGCAUGUGGCUGCCCGCCAUGGUCUGACUGUGGUAGUACAAGAACUUUUAGGAAAAGGCGCUAGUGUUCUUGCUGUAGAUGAGAAUGGUUACACACCCGCCUUGGCAUGUGCCCCGAACAAAGACGUUGCUGACUGCCUCGCUCUUAUCUUGGCCACCAUGAUGCCUGUGUCUCCUAACACUACUUUGCCCACCCUUAGUUUUAAUGCCAUUAAUCACUUCACCAAUGCUUCCAAGACGGUCACCUUUGACUCGCUGCCCAUCUUGAGGAACGAACACAGCUCCUACUGCAGUUUCAACAACAUUGGAAGGGAGGACGGAUACCCUUACAAUGAAGACGAUGAACUCAAUGACUCAGACUCGGAGACCUAUUGAGCAUGCUCGAGAGGAAUCCGCUAUGAAUCCCUGUGUGAACGGCUGAGGAAUGAACUGAAGGAUAGCUUUGACUGUCCGAACCUGAAGAGCUCAAACAAGAUUUCAUUGGCUGGUAUUGUUGUUUCUUGAGUGACUAUCAGAUGAGCCUUACGUGUGUAAAAAUGGAAGGAUGCUGAGCUUCGGGUGGGUUUCUUUUUCAAAGCUGAUGGCAAAAAGAAAAGCCAAUUACUUUAUUAUUCUGUACCUUUUACUAUUUAAUUUGCAGUGCCAGAAGUCAUUACAGCAGCACUACAACUACUAAAAUAUGUGUUAUUUAGAAUGAAGCUACAUUUUAAAAUUUAAAAUGGGACUCUAAAUAUAAAACUCUGUUGUCGGCAAUAAACCAGUGUGGGAUAUUAGCACUUGAUCAGUAAGUUGCCAAAGGGACCAAAUACAGUAGUUAAACUUUUUUUUUAACCCACUGUGAGCAAGUAUAGAUUUCAAUUUAGUUACGUUUUAUUAAGAUUAAUUUCAUUUAUUAUAAUGGAAAGGCAACAAAGUCCUUCUUCAUCAUUUCUUUGCUAAGAGCGUAAAUCCAAAUGCAUACAGGAAAUACAAUAUAGAUGAGGAGAGUAACUUCUUUUUUUGAGACAACAUUUUAACAAAAUUGUCUUACUUUUCUAAUAUAUAAUAUCAAGACCAGCUAAUAUGGUACUGUCAGGGUUAUACGUGUUACACUAUAAAUAAACACCAAUUAGUCCGUUUUUGAAAUCCUUGUUUUAUUGUAAUGGGUUUUUCUUUUUUAUUUGAAAAUAAGCUUUUGGAAAGUUUGAGUGAGGUGGGUAAAACGCAUCAGAAUGAGCUCACUUGUUCAGUAUAAUGGCCCCACAUGUGCUUGAAUAAUAAAUGCAUUUUCAGUUAUGUUGUGCUAUAUCUCUGCAUUUUAUGGUCUGUGUUGGUCUUAGCAUUUUUUGUUUUGGUGCCUUCGUGUUUUUAAUAAUUGGGGUCAUUAGGUCUGGGAUGGCAGCCUAAGGACUGGCAAAUUUAAGGAACGCUACAUUACUUUAAAGACAUGGCCCUGAGAUUUAUUUCAAGUUUGACACUAAUUUUAUGUGGAAUAAAGAACACUGUAUAAAACCAAUGCCGGGAUUGCAUGGUUUUUAUCUUCUAUCUAAAAACAGAUACAGCUUGUUUUAUUUUGUUGUAUUUUUGUUGCUUGUCGUUUUAUUGCCAUUUUUAUGAAUUUUACAGGUGUUUCUUUUUACAUGCAAGAUGUUGCCUGUCUUGCAUGUGAACUUUCAACUUUCUUUUUAUUUUCACUGCAUUUUAAACUGGAACUCUGUACAGUAUAUCAGCUGGUUUUCUGAAAUAGAAGUGUGGAACGGGACAAUUUAAUCUGUUUAAUACAUUUUGUGAUUCUUUUUUGAAGAGAUGAAAUGAUAGCAUGUACAUAGGAAAUAGUGACUGCUUGGAUACUAUACCUACCUGCACUCUUUAAAUACAUCUCUGAGAUUCCUGUAUAUUUGAUGGAUUAUAAUAAAAUCCACAUGUGGGUUAUAUGUAA